AUGCCAUCAUACUUUUAUCAUAUCAAAUUCGAAUUGUAUCCUUUACCAGAUUCGGAUCCAGAGAAAGUGAGUAAGAGAGAAAGGGAGAGGGAAGUGUGGGUUCCAGGUGAGGGAACCGAUAUUUUUGGCUGUACUCCAUCAUCCACAGGCGGAGCUUGCACCUGGCCGAAACAUAAACCUGUUAUUUGGGAACAAGGUAGGAGGAGAAAGGGAGGCACUGGGAGCUCGGCAGAUUCUGUGCUGGAAGAAAACUCGAGAAUCAUUAUAAAGGGAACUGAGAAUCAAAUACAGGCGGGCAGUUUGCAGGGUGUCCAGAACGGAGAUUCAGGUUCGAGAGUAGCAAAAGGAGGGGUCAUUGAUUGCGGACCUUCACGGCAGACACGACCUGAAGAGUCGAAAAACCUGAUAGUAUUGAGCACGACGAAAAAUUCGCAAUUAGAUACCGCACCUCCGAGCGCGAGUUUGGUGGAUAAGAAAAGAGAUUUGCGAACUUCGAAACGGGAUUGGAGGUUUGGGAGGGUUAGGGUUGAAGCAUUGGAUAUGGAUGGCGUGAGGGGAUAUCAUCGUAGAGGUCAGGGUAGUCAUGGUGGUAUUGCCAUGAAUGCUGGACUAGAGCCGGGUGGUCGAGUUACAAAGGCGAGAUUCGAGGAAUUACAUACUAUAGGGGAGAGCGGGUUAGAGUUGAAGAAUACAGAGGUGGGAUGGGGAGUGGUGCAUCUGUAUAGGGAGGGGGAGGAAACACCUGGAUUGAUGGGGGUGGAAGUUUAUAACGUAGAUACUGCGGCGAAUCCCGCAAAUGAUGCACAAAGUAACGGGUCGAGUGAGUCGGAUGGAAAACAUAGUGCAGAGGAUUGUACACUACUAUGCAUACCUGCUGUGCCGAGUUACCUUACGCCAAGAGAUUUCCUGGGAUUUGUGGGAGAGAAGACAAUGUAUGAGGUGAGCCAUUUUAGAAUGGUUAUGACGGGGAGGAUGAACAGGUAUAUGGUACUUAUGAAGUUUAGAGAUGGCAAUGUGGCAAAGAAAUGGAAGGCAGAAUGGGAUGGUAAGGUCUUUAACAGUAUGGAGCCAGAAACCUGCCAUGUCAUGUUUAUAAAGUCAAUCACUUUCCAAACUCCCACCUCCUCCAAAUCAAAUACAAGUUUUCCAGAACUAUCCCACGAUCCUUUUACACCAGCUCCAAUGCAAAAUAACCUUAAACCUUUCCCUCCCCCAACUCCAAAUCUCGUCGAACUUCCUACCUGUCCUGUCUGCCUCGAAAGAAUGGACGAUACAACGGGCCUCUUUACAAUUCUCUGUCAACAUGUCUUUCACUGUGCAUGUCUUGAAAAGUGGCGUGGCACAGGCUGUCCCGUUUGUCGACAUACCAAUCCCUCACUAGCAAUCGCUUCUCAGCAGUCUACCACACCCUAUGACCCCGACAAUCCACCGUUUGGAAGUGGUGAAGCAUCGCUAUGUAGUAUUUGCGAUUGCACAGAUGAUCUCUGGAUCUGUCUCAUAUGUGGAAACGUCGGAUGCGGGCGCUACAAAGGUGGGCAUGCCAAAGAACACUGGAAAGAUUCGGCGCAUAACUUUGCCCUGGAAAUAGAAACCCAACAUGUAUGGGAUUACGCGGGUGAUAUCUGGGUUCAUCGACUCAUUCGCGAUAAAGGCGAUAAUAGUAAAGUCAUCGAACUUCCCUCGUCACGUUCUAGGGGUGCACUGGCGCCCGCGGAAGAUGUGGAUAUGGUUCCGCGGGAAAAACUGGAAAAUGCAGGAUUGGAAUUCACGCAUCUUUUGACGUCACAGUUGGAGAGUCAGAGGGUUUAUUUCGAGGAGUUGGUUAGCAAAGCGGUUGCGAAGGCGAGUGCGGCGAGUGAGAAAGCCAGUCUUGCGAGUCGCGAUGCGGAAGUGGCGUUGGGGAGGUUGAGGGAGUUAGAGGAGAAGUAUCGGAAGUUGAGUGUGGAUACGCUGCCGAGUUUGGAGAGGGAGUUGGAGAGGGAGAAGAGGAAGGCGGAGAAGGCGCAGGAGAUUGCGAGGGCGAUGGGGAAGAGUUUGAGGGAGGAGAAGAAGGUUUCGGAGGGGUUGAUGGAGAGGAUUGGGUUUCUGAAUGAGGGGGUUAGGAAGAAGGAGGAGGAGAUGAGAGGGGUGAGGGAGGAGUGUGAGGAGUUGAGAGAGGCGAAUCGAGAUUUGAUGGUUAUGAUUAGUGGGCGGGAGAAGAUUAGGGAGAUGGAGGAGGCGGGGGAGCUGGAUGAGGGCGAGGCGGAGGAGGCGGGGGUUAGUGUGGGGGAGAAGGAGGGAGAGAAGAGGAAGAGGGGAAAGGGAAAGGGCAGGAAAUAG